AUGUUAUAUAGGCAAAACCAGUCUUCCGGCACGUUAUUACGCUUUCUCGAAACAAUGAGGAUGCCUGGGCCGGGUCUAGGGCCGUCUGAUUUUAAGCCGCCCAUGGAUACGCCCACGCCACCAGCUCCUGCACCUAGCAACCCAAAAAAACGAAGGAAAACAUCUAAUGCCAACAAUGCCCUUACUCCUCAACCACCUCCUACUGCCCAAGACUUAUUACCCCCUCCGUUAACAGGAUAUGGUGAUACUAUUGUAGCAUCCAAUCCUUUUGAUGACUCACCUUCAACAGUUUCACACAAUGGUCCAAUGAUGAGUCAAAACGGGCCAAUGAUGAGUCAGAAUGGGCCAAUGGGUAUGAUGGGGCCCAUGCACAACAUGGGUGGGCCUCCAAUGAGGCACAUGAGUCCUCUUCCACAUAACAUGAGUCCUAUGAGUCAACAAAUGCCUCCAAGGGGAAUCAGCCCUAUGGGUAACAUGAGCCCCAUGGGCCAUAUGGGUGGUAUGUCUCCAAUGGGCGGACCAAAUAUGGGAAUGAGCAAUCACAGUAUGGGGCCUGGAAUGGGGCCAUCUAGGUCUAUGGGAAGUCCAAUGAGCCCUAUGAAUUCAAUGCCAAUGGGUUCACCCAUGUCGUCAGGACCAAUGGGAAGUCCUAUGAAUAUGGGUUCAAUGGCAGGAAGCCAUAUGGGUAAUAGCCCUAUGGGGCCACCUAUGCAUAGCCCACUGGGAUCAGGUUCUAUGAAUGGCCCAAUGGGUGGUGGAGGCCCAAGCAUGAAUGUUUCAAGAAUGAAUGGACCAAUGGGUCCAAGCUGCUCUAAUGGUUCAAUGGGACCUACUAGUUCUAUAAUGUCAUCAAAUCCAAUGCAAAGUGGAGGUAUGGGACCCGGGCACUGUGGGCCUAUGCGACAUGGCAGCCCAAUGGGAUCAGGAAUGGGUAGUGGCCCAAUGGGUAAUAAUGGACCUAUGACCUCUAUGGGUCCUGGUCCUCCGUACUCGAGCAGUCACAUGGGACAUGGUGGGCCAAUGGGCAUGGGUAGCAGUGGAUCUAUGGGAAUGGGACCAGGACCAGGAAAUAUGGGUAACUGUGGACCACUUGCUGGCAUGAGUGGGAUGGCAAUGGGAGGACCAGGAGGCCAGGGCGUGGGGCCAAUGGGACAGAAUAUGAGCAUGUUUGGACCUAAACCAAUGCCUGUAAGUGCUGGGAAAGUGUACCCACCCGACCAGCCAAUGGUAUUUAAUCCACAAAAUCCCAAUGCACCGCCUAUAUACCCAUGUGGAGUGUGCCACAAGGAAGUACAUGAUAAUGAUCAAGCAAUACUGUGUGAAUCUGGAUGUAACUUUUGGUUUCAUAGGGGUUGCACGGGCUUAACAGAACCUGCUUUUCAACUGCUCACAGCGGAGGUCUACGCAGAGUGGGUUUGUGACAAGUGUCUACAUUCGAAAAAUAUCCCUCUUGUAAAAUUUAAGCCA